UAACGCUCAUUACAUUUUUUCCUUGUUUUAUAAAGAAACUUUGGUAAAGUGCUAUCAUAUGAAGGGCCUGUAUUUGAGUAAAAGCGGUACUUGAAUAUAAUCUUGUUUGAUUCCGGAGUGUAUAUUUUGUAAAACAUAUUUUGAGUCACGUCGUGGUUAAAUGUUACGGAAACUGCAUGAUGGCAAAAUAUUAAACACGUGUGGAGUUGUAUUUCGUUUGUAGGAUAGUACAUGUGUAUGUGAUAUAAAAGGAUUAUUUCAAAGGUUGAAAUAUAGCAGUGAAGGAGAAAGAAGUUUCUGUCUGUCUGUCUGGAUGGUCAUUUGAUAGAGAGAAAUGUUACUCAGAGUGAACAACGUGAACACAGAUACACAUGAACAGUAGAUAUAUAGAUACAGCUUUACCUAGAGAAGAUUUCAUACAGACACAUUUCUAUGACUAAUGUUAAAAGCGAAUUAUUGUUUGGAAAAUGUUAAUUAUGAAUGACAGCUAUAUAUCUACAUGAGAUAAACCACCUGCUAUUAUUCUAUUAGAGGUAUACAGUAUUUAACGGGUCAGUUUCCAUGUUGAUCACCUCAAACAGAUACAUUAGAUAAGGAAUCAGCUUAUUAUAACAGCAUGUUUUUCUCGUGAUUCACAUCCUCGGACACAUGUGUGCAUAAAUCUAACAACCUCUCUACUCUAACUGAAUAUCUCUAUCCUUUGUCUUCGUAAGUUCCAAAAGAAUUAACCACUGGGAUUUUCUCCUAUCGAAUUGUUGAAACGUUAUUAAACAUGUGAAAUAUUUUGACGAAACAUGGUCUAUAGUUUUAUCAAAUCUGAUGUAGUGAAAUACAAGGAUUAAAUGUUACCUGACUAGGAAGAUAUUUUGAUUUUUUGUGGUAAACAAAGUUAAGUAUAUGUGAUUGAUAUUCCUAUAGUUCAUAUAUAUCAACAUAGAAGUUGUGAAACUUAAAACUAUUUUAGUUAUUCAUCGGGAUGAAAAGUAAAUAAUAAAUAUCGCAUAAGGAAGAAAACUGAUCUGAUUUAAGAUACGUGAUACGUGAACUACAUUAUUUUAUAUACUUUUUAGAACAAGAAUUUAGUAAGAUGUCGUGUGAGGUAUAACCUACAUUAAAAACUUGCCACUCAAACACAGGAUUUACAGUUUAAUCUUAUAAACAUUAUAAAGGUGAAUGAAAAUUACACACAGAUUCCCUUUAAAGCUAUUAUAAUUGAAAAAUGGAUUUAAUUGAUGAAAGUUUACAAGACAGGAAAAUGUCGACUGUGACGGUGAAUACAGAUAGUGGUAUCAGUUCAAUAUGUAACGAGGAGAAUGUUUGUGAGGUAGACAUACCGGAUAUAUCACCAACAAGUCAACAUUUCCCUGACGCCCCAGAUGCAAAACCAAAAUCUAGAAUGUCCAUAGACGAAUAUGGACAAAGAAACAUGGAUCUAGGUAAAUUCAUGGCUUCAACAACAGUACGUUCGCGCAGAUCAUGCUCGCUUCCGGAUAUACUGGACUUUGACAAUAUUGAGUUCUAUGAAGAAAAUCCUGAACAUUCCACAUAUUGCCCUCAAAGUUCUGCCAAUUCAUCAAAGGACAGUUUGUCAAUUGCCACUGUGGAUACACGGAAAACAUCAACAACAAGUUUAGGAAGCUUUCAGCUUUGCGGCAAAGAGCACAUGGAAAAACCUUGUUAUAUAUGUUUGAAAGAUAACGAGAUAUAUUGUAGCGUCUGUGUCCAGGUCCAUAACUUUCACUGUAAAGAAAACGUUAAACAUAUUCCAGAAAUUCCACCCGAAAUGAGGACAAAUUUAUGUGGGGAGGCAAUGAAAGAACUUAUUGUGAUGAAGGAACGUUUUGAUAAAGUAAAAGCCGAAAAUGAAAAGUAUAUUCAAAAUUUAGAAGAUUCACGCAAGAAAUUUUUACGGUCUGUAAUGAAAUAUAAAAACACUAUCAUAGAGGUAAUUGAUAAACUAGAAAAAGAGGCAUUAUCUCAAAUGGAUGACCUAUAUGUAAAAGAAAAAAAGAAAUUAGAUGAAAAUUUACACAAACUGGAAAAAGAAAUAACAAACAUUGAGAGUUACCUAACUAUUCUUGAACAAUGUAUGAAAACAAGUGAAAAUUCAGUAGUUUAUGAACUGCAGGGUGCAACAGAACAACUUCGAGUAGAUGAGAGUUUGAUACGGGAUCUUCACAAGUCCACCAGUAUUGUCGAAUUUGAAUUCGAGCCCUCAGCUGACAUGCUAGCUACGUUAACAAAAUUUGACAAGUUGUGGAAGGUAGAGAGAAAUGAGAAAAUGUCUUGUACAUUUCCUCGUCCCUGUUCAUGUGACAAAUCUUACACAAAUAAGGUAGCAGUGAAGGAGAAAGAAGUUUCUGUCCGUCUGUCUGGAUGGUCAUUUGAUAGAGAGAAAUGUUGUAUCACUGGUUGUGAAUUCCUACCAAACGGACAACUUCUGGUCUGUGAUAAUGGAAACAAAAAAGUAAAGCUGUUUGAUAAGAAGUUUAAGUGUAUUUCUGUUCAUAACUUGCAUUCUUUGCCAUGGGAUGUAGCUGUAAUAGAUAAAGAACGCGCUGUGGUAACGAUUCCAGACCGGAAACAGCUACAGUUCAUUGGUGUUCAUCACCGUAUAUCAAUAAAGGAGUCGGUAACAUUGGAUCAAAACUGCUGGGGUGUAUCCUACAGUGAAGGACAGCUUUUCGUCACGUCCUGGUCACGUGAUAAAAAGGAGGUUGUUAUUUUAGAUGUUCACGGAACACCCAGACGUCUUAUUGUUACAGUUCAGAACCAACCGUUCCACACGCCGUGGUUUGUCGACGGAAACGGUGACACUAUGUUUGUGUCAGAUUGGGGCACGUACUUAGUGCAAGGGGUGACCACUUCCGGUAUUGCUUUGUCAAAAUAUAGAAAAAGUAAUUUGGUUGGUCCAUUAGGUAUGUGUCGUGAUCCAGAUGACAAUUUGUUUAUAUGUGGCAGAGACUCUAACAAUAUACAUCAGAUUUCAGCAGACGGGAGUGAGCAACGAGUUUUCCUAACCGAAAAAGAUGGCAUUCAGCAACCGCUAAACAUCUCCAUCCGUGCAGCAGACGAUAAACUUGUUGUGACGUCAUGGAUGUCGGAUAGGCUUUUUGUGUUCCGAUUGCAAUGAAAUCACUCAGACUGUCAAGAAGAACAAAAUAAUAACUAUCAAAUUGUAUUCUAUGUUUAUUCCUGUAUAACCCUAGACUUCUAAACUUAAUCAUUACAGUUGGUCAUCACGACGGUAACGGAUUUAAUAUUAACUCUAGUAAACAAGAACCCCAACAAGACAAUACAACGAAUACUUAGCUGGAAUUGAUUAUUGUAUUUUUAUUAAUAUCAGAUGGACUUUUACAUAUAAUUAUGUGCAUUGAUCAUAUGUCCGGUAGGAAUAAUUAAUGUGGGUAUCACAAUAAUAUAUAUGGAAUUAUCGUUAUUAAUCGACAACGCUUGGACCUUUUUGGUUUGGGGGUUGAUUAUGGCUAGCAGAUGACCCCUGGUCAGUAGGUCAAAAGCCAAUGUCUCUUUUGCCUUGGGAACAAAAGGCGCGUGAGACAAAUAACUAGAGAACGAUUUGGCCUUUAGACUUAUGAAACGGUUUAUAUGUUGGUCAUGAAUAAUAGACUCUUACUGAUUUUAAGGUUAGUUUCAAAUAAAUGUUAUAAUUAUAGAAUAAAGAAGACCUUUGAUUAACAUGUGCUUGUAGUCACUAACUUUUCAAUUAGGACAGAAUAUCACAAUAGCAGUGACCAUGGUGUUUACUGACAAGGAAUCCAUGUAUCAUGACUAAUUGGUUUCCAUGGGAUAUAUAAUGAGAUAACGAGGAAAAUACAUUUUAAUUAUAAGUUAGUUAAUUGAAAAAUAACUCAAGUACAUAGCCUUACUGCAUUGUUUUACGUGACUACAUUAUUAUUUAUUUUCCUUGUUUUUGAUUAAGCAUACAAAUUGUGUUUUAAGUUUUUAUUUAACAUUUAUGUAAUAUCUAAUUUGACGUAAUGUAAAAUAUACAUGUAUUUGUUUUAGCUUUGGUUAGCAGACCACGUAGGCUAAAUGUAUAUACAUGUAUAAACAUGUAUAUGAUACGUUUCUAUUGGUUGUUCUGUUUGAUAACAAUUAUGUCGUGAGACGAUGACUAAAAAUUUAAGUUGUAAUUACUUAUUAUACAGUCAGUAAGUAAAAAAUAAACGUACAAAAACACUAA